AUGCACACCAUCUACCCAUCACUGCACACCCUACCCAUACCCUGGUUAUUCAGUCCCACCCCCCUCCCCCUUCUCCCAGGUCCAAAGGGCACCAAAUCCCCCGUCAUUCCUAACAUGCGGAGGGACUAUCGCCAGGUAUCCUUGCCUGCCCCCCAACUUGGCCACCCCAGCCCGACCUAUCCUAUCUCGUCCGGGGCUAUUAGGGCGGCAGUAUGCUCAUCAAGGCCUGCCUCUAUAUGCGUCCGCCAGGUGCAGCUGAAGUAUUACUUCCACCCACUCCUCUGCGGUAUCAAGACUGGGCUCCAUAUCUCUAUAUUCCCUCCCACCAACUUCAACCUUUGCCCACGGGUUUUCACUGCACACGGUUUUCUCUGCAAUUCACCGUCAAGAUACAGGAACUGGCAGCGACCUCGCUCUUCUUCGCCUCGACGGCUUUUGCGCCCAAUCCACUUGACAUACUCGUUCGCGCCCAUAUCCGAUCUGUCUGAUGCCGCACCGUUCGUCCCUUCACAAUCGCAAAGUUAA